GUGUGUCAGUUGUAAAAUUCUUUGCAGUUAAUGGGACCGAGCGUACAGCCCAGCUAAAAGAACAGGAGCAGGGAAGGUGUUUUUUUUAACCAGCUGUGUGCCUCCAGCCAACAGACUCUCUCUCUCUCUCCCACUCACUGUCUCUCUCUCUCCCCAUCGCACACCUGUACCCUUCUCCCUAGGCUGCGGGAUAACACCAUUACAACUUCUCCGGCUAAUACUGGGACGGAUCUGAAGCAAUAGAAAAGGUUGUCACUGUGCUACUUGUGCAGCCAUGCGCGUGUUCAUCUUGCUGGCAUUCCUGAUAGCAGCCUCCUGGGCUAAGCCAUUUCAUCAGACACAGUUCCUUGACUUUAUGCUGGAGGAUGAAGGAUCCGGUUUAUUCCCUGAUAAUGAAAUGCCUAUGUGCCCAUUUGGGUGCCAGUGCCACCUCCGAGUGGUGCAGUGUUCUGACCUAGGUCUAACCACAGUGCCCAAGGACAUUCCCAAAGAUACUACACUGCUGGACCUGCAAAACAACAAGAUCACAGAGAUAAAAGAAAAUGACUUCAAGAAUCUAAGAAACCUUAAUGCUCUGAUCCUGGUGAACAACAAAAUCGGCACAGUGCACCCCAAGGCCUUCGCACCCCUGGUGAAGUUGCAGAGACUUUACUUGUCCAAGAACCUGCUGAAAGAAAUCCCAGCCAACAUGCCCUCAUCACUGCAUGAACUCCGCAUCCAUGAGAAUGAAAUCACCAAAGUGAAGAAGAAUGCAUUUGACAAUCUAUCGCAGGUGUACGCCUUAGAAAUGGGCAGCAACCCUUUGAAAAAUUCAGGUAUUGACGGUGGUGCCUUUAAUGGAUUGAAAAAGCUUUCUUUCAUUCGACUGUCGGAUGCAGCCCUCACAGCUAUUCCCAAAGGUCUUCCAGCAUCUCUAUCUGAAAUUCAUCUUGAUGGCAACAAAAUCACUCGGGUCAAAGCUGAUUCGCUGAAGGGUCUGAAGAAUCUGGUCAGACUGGGCUUGAGUUUCAAUGAGAUUUUCAGUGUGGAUAAUGGCUCACUAGACAAUGCACCGUACCUGAGGGAACUUCACAUGGACAACAACGCCCUCAUCAAAGUGCCAGCUGGCUUGGCUGACCAUCGGUUUAUCCAGGUGGUGUAUCUCCAUAACAACCUGAUCUCAGCAGUGGGCGUUAAUGACUUCUGUGGGCUCGAUUACUAUGCAAAGAAGAACCUGUAUUCGGGGAUUAGCCUCUUCAAUAACCCUGUCCCAUACUGGGAGAUCCAGCCAAUUACUUUCCGCUGUGCCACGAAUCGCGCAGCCAUCCAGCUCGGCAACUUUAAGUAAAACAUUUUCCAGUUGGCGAGGAGGAGAAUUCGCAUGCAGUGCUGAGUACCCCUUGUACAAUUUAAAGCAAUAAAAACUAAAUAAGACCAAACAUUCCCAAGAGCUGCCUGGAGGUGCAAGCCUACAUCUGACCAAACAGAAAAGGUGCUACUAAAAUACCUUCAUUAUCUUCCUGACCUAAAUAUAGAAACGAGCAUUUUCGCAAGCUUUUAUUUCCCAGCCGUACACUUACUCCUAGAGGCACUAGUGUGUUUCAUGUUCCAAAUGAACCCCUCCCAUCAGCCAGUAAUUUAUUAUCCAUUGCUUACAGUGACCUGUCAGCCACAUCCUGUGGCUAACCAUUCCUUGUCCACCCUCUGAGGGAGGUGUAUUGCUAAAUAUCACACUGUUCGCUUUUCUAAGUGAUGACCCCCCAGCCAAAUUCUUCAACGUUUCCUUGGAAAUGCUUCUUGUCUGGUUCCUGGGGAAAGCCUUUGUGUAUUGGGUGGGGUCAGGGAGGCAAGGGGAAGAGACGGUUUGAUUGAUUGAAGUUUGUGGCUCUCCCAUUCUUUGCAAACUGUAUGUAUCAUAAGCAGCAUGUUGGUGCUCAUCUGGUUAAAAUGAGAACUAUACAAAAAUAUAUCAUAAGCUCCA